AUGCAGGCCCUGGAGCAGCAGAUGGAAGGGGUGAGGGCCCAGCUCCAGGAGCUGGAGGAUGAGCUUCAUGCCAUCAAGGUGCAGGACCUAAGGGCAGAGCUGGAGGAGGAGAGGACCCAGCGCUCAAUGGCCAUGGCCACUGGGAAGAAGCUGGAGAUGGACCAGAAGGACCUGGAGGCCCAGAUCGACUCACCCAACAAGAACAACAACGAAGACACUGAAGAGGUUCAGAAGCUGCAGGCCCAGAUGAAGGACUGCAUGAGGAAACUGCCAGGGGUGCGAACCUACCUCGACCAGGUGCUGGCGCAGGCCAAGGGGAACCGGAAGAAGCUGAAGAGCAUGGAGGCCGAGAUCAUUCAGCUGCAGGAGGUGAAAGUCAACCUUCAGAAGGCCAAGCAGACCCUGGAGCAAGAGAAAGGGGAGCUGGCCAAGGAGGUGAAAGUCCUGCUGCAGGAAAAACGGGACUCAGAGCACAGGCGGCAGAAAGCAGAGGCCCAGAUGCAGGAGCUGCAGGUGAAGCUCAAGGAGGGAGAGCCAGUGCGCACACAGCUGCAGGUGGAGCUGGACAGAGUGACGGGCCUUCUGAGGCAGUCUGACAGCAAGUGCAGCCAGCUCACCAAGGACGUCUCCACUGUGGAGUCCCAGCUGCAGGACAUGCAGUUGCUGCUGCAGCAGCAGGACUGGCAGAAGCAGGGCCUGAGCACCAGGCUGCAGCAGGUGGAAGAGGAGAACAGGUCCCUGAAUAAGCAGCUGGAGCAGGAGGAGGAGGCCAAGCACAACCUCGAGAAGCAGGUUGCCACCCUGCUUGCCCAGGUGAAUGACUUGAAGAAGGAGAUGGAGCAGGGUGUGAGGUGCCUCGAGAUUGCCAAGGAGGGCAAGGGCACACUGGAGAAGGACCUGCAGGGGCUGAGGCAGCGCUACAAGGAGAAGGUGGCCGCCUACGACAGGCUGGAGAAGGACAGGACGCGGCUGCAGCAGGAGCUGCACCACCAGCGGCAGAGACUGUCUGAUCUGGAGAAGAAGCAAGUAAAGUUUGACCAGGUGACUGCCAUGAAGAAGAAGAUGGAGGAUGGCAUGGGGUGUCUCGAGACUGUGGAGGAAGCCAAGAGGAAGCUCCAGAAGGACCUGGAGGGGCUGAGGCAGUGCUAUGAGGAGAAGGUGACCGCCUACGACAACCUGGAGAAGACCAAGAUGCGGCUGCAGCGGGAGCUGGACGACAAGGUCAUGGACCUGGAAAACCAGCACCAGAGCAUCUCCAAGCUGGAGAAAAAGCAGAAGAGGUUUGACCAGGUGUGUGCUACCUGCAAGAUCCCCCUCAUUUCUUCUCUUCCUCUAGCUCCAUGGCCUGAGGCCAAGGCCACUGAGCAGGAGCGGGCCCUGGGAUCCCAUCACCUCCUGCAGGUGCUGGGAGCUUCAUGGUUCCCAUAUGUGUCCCAGCUCCUGGCCAAGGAGAAGACCGUCUCAGCCAAGUAUGCGGAGGAGCGGGACCGGGCUAAGGCAGAAGCCCGUGAGAGGGAGACCAAGGCGCUGUCACUGGCCCGGGCCCUGGAGGAGGCCGUGGAGCAGAAGGCAGAGCUGGAACAGCUCAACAAGCAGUUCCGCAUGGAGAUGGAGGACCUCAGGAGCUCCAAGGAUGACGUGGGCAAGAGUGUCCAUGAGCUGGAGAAGUCGAAGCGGGCCCUGGAGCAGCAAGUCAAAGAGAUGAAGACCCAGCUCGAGGAACUGGAAGACCAGCUUCAGGCCACCGAGGAUGCCAAGCUUCAGCUGGAAGUGAACCUGCAGGCCAUGAGAGCCCAGUUCGAGAGAGACCUGCAGGGCCGGGAUGAGCAGAGUGAGGAGCAGAAGAAGCAGCUGGUGAGACAGGUGCGGGAGAUGGAGGCAGAGCUGGAGGAUGAGAGGAAGCAGCGCUCUAUGGCCGUGGCAGCUCGGAAGAAGCUGGAGAUGGACCUGAAGGACCUGGAGGCCCAGAUCGACUCUGCCAACAAGAACCGGGAUGAAGCCAUCAAACAGCUACGGAAGCUGCAGGUGAGGUCAGGCCAGCCCAAACCUGAGCUGGCCGGACUCGGUGGACUGGGGCUCAGUGUGGGGCUGGGACACUACAUAAUGGGCGAUGAUGGAAGGGUGAAAAGUAGCCAGAACAUGCUGCUCCAUGUUGUGCCCGGAGGGGGUGGGAGGACAGAUGCAUCUUCUCCCUGCCCCCCGGCCCAGAGAAAGGACUACAUGCGUGAGCUGGACGACACGCGUGCAUCCCGCGAGGCGAUCCUGGCGCAGGCCAAGGAGAAUGAGAAGAAGCUGAAGAGCAUGGAGGCCGAGAUGAUUCAGCUGCAGGAGGAACUGGCAGCUGCUGAGCGUGCCAAGCGUCAGGCCCAGCAGGAACGGGACGAGCUGGCUGAUGAGAUUGCCAACAGCAGUGGCAAAGGGGCCCUGGCAUUGGAGGAGAAGAGGCGCCUGGAGGCCCGAAUCACCCAGCUAGAGGAGGAGCUGGACGAGGAGCAGGGUAACAUGGAGCUGGUGAUCGACAGGCUGAAGAAGGCCAACCUGCAGAAUGACCAGAUGAACACUGACCUGAACCUGGAGCGCAGCCACGCUCAGAAGAACGAGAACGCCAGGCAGCAGCUGGAGCGCCAGAACAAGGAGCUCAAGGUCAAGCUGCAGGAGAUGGAGGGCACUGUCAAGUCCAAGUACAAGGCCUCCAUCACUGCCCUGGAGGCCAAGAUUGCACAACUGGAAAAGCAGCUGGACAAUGAGACCAAGGAGCGCCAGGCAGCGUGCAAGCAGGUGCUUCAGGCUGAGAUGAGGCUGAAGGACACGCUGGUGGAGGUGCAGGAUGAGCGCAGGAACUCGCAGCAGUUCAAGGACCAGGCUGACAAGGCAUCCACUCAAGUGAAGCAGCUCAGGCUGCAGCUGGACAAGGCUGAGGAGGAGGCCGAGAGGGCCAACGCUUCACGCAGGAAGCUGCAGCGUGAGCUGGAGGACACCAUGGAGACCGCAGACGCCAUGAACCGUGAGAUCAGCUCCCUGAACAUGCUCAGGCGUGGGGACCUGCCAUUGGCUGGUGAAACCUCAGAUGAGGAGGUGGACGGUUAA